GCGACAGGAGCGUUUGGGUGGGGCCGCAACCUCCAAAUCACUUGGGCUGACUGAUCCGCGUCACAAACCAUCCUGUACUUAAGAAGAGCUUCCCCACGGCCGACUUCCAAGUAGUCUGCAUCUCAAUCAUCUUUCUACUCCAAAUCACACCAAACCAUACAUCCAACUUCGCCCUAGCUCCUUGGAUUUCAAGAGCUGUCUUCAGCCUCCUUUUUCAAAUUCUCUCAAUCCACCAAAACUCUCAAUCAAAAUGACUGGACGCGGAAAGGGCGGCAAGGGUCUCGGAAAGGGUGGUGCUAAGCGCCACCGUAAGAUUCUUCGUGACAACAUUCAGGGUAUCACAAAGCCCGCAAUCAGGCGUCUGGCGCGUCGUGGUGGUGUCAAGCGUAUUUCUGCUAUGAUCUACGAGGAGACGCGUGGUGUUCUCAAGUCGUUCCUUGAGGGUGUCAUCCGUGAUGCUGUCACCUACACCGAGCACGCCAAGAGGAAGACUGUUACGUCGCUCGACGUUGUCUACGCUUUGAAGAGGCAGGGCCGCACCCUGUACGGUUUCGGCGGUUAGACGCGUUUUUCCUGUUCACGACUCUUCUUUUU